AUGGAUAUAUUCUAUGUGUUAUGGAUUCGACAAAAGAAUCAAUGCGUGAUCAACAACCACCUUGAAGCAACAUUGGCUGCUUGCCCAGAAAAUGUUCGCAAUCUUUGGACAUUGAUCGAUUUUAUCGAUGCUUUGGUUGAUAAAAGUAAACAAAAACCAUUACCUGAAGCAUUUCGUACACAAUUAAAUACUAUUCUGGAUAAUGAUAACAAUAUCACUGCUGACGAUUUCAACAAAUCCCACAGUCAUUUUGAUUCGAUUGCUGAUAGAGAAUUAAUUCGUUUUAUGAAUAAAGAUUCAAUACUUGAUUUAUCAUUCGAUGAAUUUAUCGCCAGUCUACCUAUAGAGUCCGAACCAAAUCGAAUAUUCUACAAAACAUAUCCUUCAUUGUCAACCAUUCCAGCUAAUUUUAUACAGAUUCGUGUCAAAUGCAUCUACUUAUUGAACACGAUUUUCGAAAAAAUUCAGCCUAUUGUCGACUUAAGUUUAGCUCCAGGACGAAGUGUUCUAGCAGAUAAACUUCGAAAUGUCAAAGCCUAUCUGCUAUAUAAGAAAAAAUUUGUAUUAUUCGAAGAAUCUUUACAAAAAACUAGUGCCGGAUGUCUUGAUAGAAUUACGGUUAUACUCGAUACAGUGAAAGCCACUGAGAACAGUGAAAAUGGAGAAAAUACCAUGUUUUAUCAAGCCUAUGAACAAUUACAGAAAGAGGCUCAUAAAAUAUUUCGAAGUGAAGAUGAACGUUUAUGGCAUGCAACCUAUGUUGGCAUGAACAGUAUUGAUGCCGGUGGACCUUAUCGUGAUUCAAUCACAUGUAUAUGUUCGGAUAUUUGUAGUACACGACUACCACUAUUCAUUUUAUGUCCCAAUGGACGAACUAAUACUGGUUUGAAUCGUGAUCGUUGGGUUCCCAAUGUAUUUUCACCGCAUGAAUCGAUUCCGAAUACAUUUAAAAACCAAUAUCGAUUCGUUGGACAAUUGAUGGGCAUAGCCAUACGAAAGAAACAUUAUUUGGAUUUGAAAUUUCCCAUUUUUCUAUGGAAACAAUUAGCCAGAGAACCAGUAACUAUUGAUGAUAUUAAAGCAAUUGAUUUACAAAGUUUUAAAAUUAUUGAAGAAGUAGAGAGACAUUUUGUAGAAAACAAACUCAUUAAUACAGAUAUUGAUAUCGAAUAUUUAUUCAGUAGUGUUAUGAGUGAACUUCGAUUUGAUGUUGUUAGUUCAGCUGGAAUAACUUAUGAACUUGUUCCUGGUGGCAAAGAAAUUCCAAUAACAGCAUCGAAUUUUAAAGAUUUCUGUACAAAAUAUCGUGAAUACCGUCUCAAUGAAUUUUGUCGUCAAAUUGAAUGCAUUUGUCAAGGAAUGUACAGUGUUGUACCAUUUUAUUAUUUGAGUCAAUUUACAGCUGAUGAACUUGAGGACUCUGUAUGCGGGAAAGGUCAUAUUGAUAUUGAACUAUUGAAAAGAAACACCUAUUAUGGCGACUCGUACAAUCAAAACUCGCCGACCAUUGAGCGGUUUUGGACAGUUCUCAGUGAAAUGUUCAAUGAGGAACAAAAGAAAUCGUUUAUUACAUUUGUUUGGGGACGAAGCACAUUACCACUUUGCAAUGAAGAUUUUACAAACAAGUUUUGUAUUAAUCCUUAUUAUAUAUUGUCUAACGAAGUGGAUACGAUGCUUCCGCGAUCACAUACAUGUAAUUUCUCCCUUGAUCUACCAGAAUAUUCAACAACUGAAAUUAUGUAUGAACGUUUGAACUAUGCUAUCACAUAUUGUUCAAGUAUCGAUGGUGAUUGA